CUUUUUAAGGCAAAAUAUGUAUCUAUCUCAUUUUAAAUGCAAAAAUAUUUGGGUAUUUCAUGCAACACUAACAGAUCUUAGGUUUAUUUUCUGUGGCUGAAUUUAUGUACAUUUUUGGAACUUAAAGUGAGAAAGGUAUAUGUUUGAUAUUUAUUGAAAGUAAGAAAGAGAGUGCUAAUGCAGUCUAGUGCAGGAAUAGAAAACAGAUCACUUAUGUCGUUGAUCUCGACACUCCAUUUGAGAAUUCAAAGAUGGCAUGGGAGCUUCACAUGUGUCUCGUACGCUACUUUUUACGUCUAGAAAGACUAGAUGACAAAUGGAAGGAAUUAUCGAAAAAGGCUGAGAAAUCACUCGAAGGUCUAGCUAAUCGAACAGAGCAAUUACGCCAUGUCACGAAUGAAAAAAUAGACGGAGCAGAAAAUAGCAUAGAUCAGGAAACGCGGGAAAGAUUGAUAUUUAAAGUCCUUAUGAGCCUCGAGGAAGAAAUGGCAUUUCUUUCGAAUAUCCUGACGCAAUUUAAUGAUAUCAAUCAGGAUUUGAAGAAUUAUUUGGUUAAUUUAGAAAACGCUAGAAGCAAGAUAUCUUUAAAGGACAAAUUAAUGCAAGAAUUAAUUAAGGGAACAUCUUAUCGACCAGCGCUUGAACUGCUCCUGCAGUGGGCUACGGAGGGUUACCAAUUCUUUCAUAACAUGUAUCUUCGUAUCAGUGAUUGUAUGAAAUCAAUUGAUUACAAGACAGAGGAGACUGUCAGCAAUCUGAUUUCUUCUUUCGUGGAAGAGGAUCGUAGAAGAAAGUACAUAAAUAGGUAGAGACUCGGACUGAAAUUACAUUAUGAAUUAAAAUCUCAGUCCGAUUACGAUUAUGAUGGAGGAUUACGAUCGAGGCUACCCAACUUUCAGUUUCGGUGUUAUUCUAGAGACGCGAUUCCGUAACUGUCUUUACACGCUUACCGUCAGUUGUCGAUAUCGUUGCGUAGAUAUUUUAUAUGGUGAAAAAGCUGCGCAAUGACACCGACAACUGUUGGUAGACAUGUAAAACAGGAGUAUUAUUGUGUAUAUAUCUAUUGAUAAUUAUCGAUGUCGUUAUAUCUUGCGCAACUUUUCUACCAUACAAAUGUCUGCAUGGCACAAUGACACCGACCACUAUAAACCCGAAAUCCUCGCUUUUACGCAAUUUUUGGCUAAGGAAAGUUUUCAUUAGAAAG